AUGCCCGAAAAGAAGGUGUUUACAGUCGUACAGGCGGAUGGACUCUAUCCUGACGAGACUGUUGAAAAUGCUAUUCUGCGUGCCAAUCUUCCAGAGUCUUACGAGGUCAACUAUAAACAGCUGGAUCUCUUCCCCACGGGCGUACCAGAUGCAAAGCCAUGGAGUGAUAUCCCCGCAGACCUAAGGGAGAAGAUCGACGGAAUCAUGGUCCUGAAACUCCCCUUUACUGCAGAAGAUCUGGCGUUGUUCCCAAGACUUAAAGUGAUUGUCCGGAUGGGUGUUGGCUACGACCGCCUGGACCGAGUCGCUCUGGACAAGCGUGGCGUGACAGUCUGCAAUGUUCCUGAUUACGGCACAUCUGAAAUCGCCGACCACGCGCUAGCUCUUGCGCUGGCACUUCGUCGCGGCGUGCUCCUUCACCACGACCAACAGCGCGAGCCCUACUUAGCGCCAUACGCCGUCGCGGAAUCGCCGCUGAUUGCCCGCCUUAACAAUGCGACCUUUGGCAUUCUCGGGCUCGGUCGUAUCGGGACAGCCGCUGCGCUUCGUGCGAAGGCUUUCGGGUGGAAAGUAAUCUUCUACGAUCCGUACGUCCCCAGUGGCUUCGACAAAACUAUCAACGUCGAGCGCGUGAAGGAUAUCAAGGAGCUUUUCCGCCGGAGUACCACGCUCAGCAUACAUUGUGCCUGUACAGGGGAAACGCGGGAUAUGAUUGGUUGGGAUCUGCUGAGCUUGAUGCCUCGGGGCUCGGUCCUGGUGAACACGGGCCGUGGGGAGGUCAUGAAGCUAGAUGCUGUGGAGAGGGCCUUGAAAGAGGGUAUUCUGUCCGGCGCUGGUUUGGACGUGUUACCCGACGAGCCGCUUCCAAAGGAUAACGUGCACCCACUGAUCCAGGCGUACCGCAAGAAUGAGAGUUGGCUGACGGGACGCUUGGUUUUGACUUGCCACACGGCUUUCUAUGCGCCGGAGAGUUUCGAGGAAAUCAGGACUAAGAGCGUAGAGACCAUGAGAGAUGUCUUGAUUGAUGGCGGCAAACAAAACGUGAUCCCGGUAGAUGCGUGGUGA